UACAUAAACCGCCAGGCACGUGCUGCUGAGCUUUUAUUUUUUCGUCGUGCCUGCCGCCUGCAUUUGGAGUUUAUUUUCCUUAUUUGGCUCAAAGCCGGCGGUGCUACAUUCUCACUCGAUCGCGCGCGCUCUCUGUGUGUCUUUAUCUUCAGCCCCCCACCACCUCACCACCGGCAGCGCCAUGGGCAAGAAUAGCAAGCGCAACAACAAAGCCAAACAGCAGCAGGCGCAACAAGCUAGAGCCGCUUCCGGCGGCGGUGGAGCUGCAUCCUCCAGCAGCACCACUACCAACAACAACAACAACAGCAGCAGCAACAAUAAGAAUGAGGAACAGAAUGCCCUGCAACGACGCAUCCCCCGGACAAAUGGAAAGCAGCGAAAAGAGCUUAACCAAUUGGUUUUGCAACUAUUGGAUUUGGUGCAAGUACAGCCGGCAAAUCCCAAUGAUGAGUGGACCCAGUAUGUUCAGCUGCAGAAACUAUUGGAGCGCAUUACCCAGCUGGAGGAGCCACUGCAGAAGGCGGUGUGCCAGGAGAUCGCCGCCGGCGACGAUCAGCAGCGGCUGGCCAAAGUGCAGGCGUUCAGUGAGUGGGCCAAAGCGGCCGGCGUGCGCAGCGAUGGCGUCGAGAUAGCCAUCUUUCCGGGUUACCAACUGGGCCUACGGGCCACCCGUGACCUGGCCGCCGACGAGCAAGUGCUAAGUGUGCCCCGUAAGCUGAUCUUUUCGGAGGAACAUCUCCCGGAAUCGGAUCGGCGUCUCUUCUGCAAUUAUCCGCUGCUGACGAACUUCAAUCUGGCCUAUGCCCUGGUCAUCGAGAAGGUGCGCGGCACGGAUAGCGAGUGGCAUCCCUACAUUGAUCUUCUUCCGGCCAAGUACAAUACGGUGCUGUACUUUAGUGUAGCGCAGAUGCAGCGCCUCCGGGGCACCGCCGCCGGUGCGGUGGCCUUGCGUCAGUGCCGUGUGAUUGCCCGCCAGUAUGCCAACAUGUACAAGUGUGCCCACAUCCGUUCGGAGGCGAGCAGCAAUGAUGGAGGAGGUUCCAUGGGUGUCCUAUUCACACAGCACGGCCUGUGCUAUGAGCUGUACAGGUGA